AUGAAGAAGAAGCGGCCCCAGCAUUCCCGACAUCAGAAGAUGAGCGUGGCGCGGGGGAAGAGCGAUGGCAUGGUGCUAGCCCGGCGAGAUCGGGAUCCCUCGUGGAAAUGGUGGAAGAAGCGGCCUGAAAGCGCGGGGCCUAGCAACGGGAAGUCGACAUUCGGCGCAGUCCUUCGUCCGUUCAAAGUCGUCUCGACUCAAAAUAUGAGGUUCAUGGAGGACGGGUUUGAUCUGGAUGUUGUCUACGUGACGAAGCGAAUAAUCGUGCACGGCGUUCCCAACGUCAGCGCAGAUCCAUUGUACGAGGACCCGCGAACGGAGGUGCGACGGCUGCUGGACAAGUACCACUGCGACCGGUACAAGGUCUACAACUUCGCCAGCGAGCUGGCACAGAUGACCCCGCCGACGCACAGGAUGGACACGCGUGUCGAAAGGUACCCCUUCACGGACGAUACCUGCCCCCCGCUGGAGUCCGUGGUCGACUUCUGUGAGAACGCCAAGGCUUGGCUAGACGCUCACGACGAUAACGUGGUCUCCUUGCACUGCAAGGCCGGGAAGGGGAGGGCGGGGAUCAUGGCGGCGUGUCUGAUGGUGCGGAUGGGAGAAACUGCCCAGGCGGCGGUAGCACGUUAUGAUGCGACCCAGGGGGCGGCCAUCAAGCGGGCGGGGGUAAACCACAGGGCGUGGGUUUUCCUCUACGAGAGGCUGAUCAGGGAGGUGUGGGGCCUGCGGGAGACGAUAGGGACUGUCUCGGGACAAAACCCUGGCUUGAAGGCGCCGCCACGGCUGGCCACCAGCAUUCGGGACGUGUCGUUGCAGCUGAAGGUCCCGCCCCGACAACGCCGAUGGAAACAGAUCCUGCACCAUCCGUCGUGCGCCGUGUAUCAGCAGACGCCCGCGGGCAAGGCGUUGGUGCACCGAGCCAGGAUGCCUUCCGUUUCGCCGAGGAAACGGGGUCAGGAGAACUCGGUUUUCGCGGCUGCUCUUCCUCGCAGCGUUGUCGUGGAGGGGACCUUUCAGGUGGUUGUUUCUGCUGCUACCGGGCUGUUCGGCAUGGCCAAGAACGUUCUGGACGUGUGGUGCAACACGACCUUCCUGGAGGAAGACGGAGGGCGAGAGCUGUUCACCUUCACGGAGAACGACCUGCCUCCAGGGCCGCUGGCGAAGCGGUUGCUAGCCGCAAACGUGUCGGUGGUGCUCACCCACACCCCGCCGGACGCCCCCAGCCCGGACCACCGCCACGUUCACGCCGUCAAUUGGGAAGGGAUGGAUUGUCUCGACGGAGUGGAGCCGGACGCGACCCCGACCAGCGGCGCUCUGACCCUGAUCGGUCAGGUGGGACACUCGGUCACCCCGGACACGGACCCGGAGGAGGCCAGCGACGAAUCCAUGUACGAGAACAUGGUCACGGGCAACCACCACACCGCGGGGCCCCCAGACGUAUACAACUCUCCGGCGAAGGGGCUGGCCCAGACGUCGUCGGACGACGAGGACGACCGCCGUCGGUUCUACUUCUCGGACGACGACGACGACGAGUCGGCCAAGGGCACGCCCGCGCGCUCGCACGCGUCGCUCCGCCUCGCGAGCGGGGUCGGGUCCCUGCGGAUACUGGCGAGCCCUCCGAAGUGGAGCAUCCAGGACCCCCACGGUAUCUUCGCGAGCGGCGGCGGCGGCUUCACGACGCCCAAGUCGACCAAGCUCCCGUCUCCCAUGCGGUCGUGCCCCCGCUCCGCGAUAUCGUCCAAGAGGGAGAGGCUCAACGAGCGGACCGACGAACGGGAAGCGUUGGCUCGGCAGCAGUCAGCGGCGGCGCCGCACGGCUUGCCUCGAUGGACCAGCUCCGGCUCCAAGGCAAAGGCUAUCACCAGUGGGUCUUCCCAGAGAAUUCACGAUCUGCCGCUCGCGGGUGAUGCUGCUGCUGGGCAGCAGCAGCAGCAGCAGCAGCAAGAGAGCCCUGCACCCUGGGCGACGACGAACGGCCCGCUUAUGCUACGCGCCUCGCCCGCGCCGGCGGGGGCGGCGGACGGCGCGGCAGGCGGCGCCUGUGUUCCCGGAGACGCCGCAAGCAGUGGCGGCGGCGGCGUGGCGAAGAAGCCGUGGGCGUUCGUGGCGCCUGGCUCGGGACCCGCAAGCGGUCCCGCCGCCGCCAGGGCGGUCGAGUUAAACGUCGCACCCGAGAGAGACCCCCCGUCGAGCAGCGGCUUCAGGAGACCCUCGCCCGCCGUUAAGCUCUUCCUGGACGCCGUGUCGGCGCGGUCGUUCGAAGACCCACAGUCCUCUCGGCAGACGUCCGGUCGCGGGUCGGAACAGGGGCAGGUUUGGUCGGACGCCAGCGUGUGCUCGGACGGGGAGGGCGACGCGGAGCAGGAAGAGCGGGAACAGCAGGAACAGCAAGGGACGACGGCCGCAACGACAAGCGCGCUGGUCCGGUCGGCGGCGGGAGGGGGGCCCGCGGUAUCGUCUGCUUUGCCGGCGCACCCGCGCGGCGCGGCGGCGGAGACCCGCAUGGUUGUCGCCGUGGGGGCGAACGGAGACGUGUUCGACAGCAUGAGGCCCUUCGAGAGCGAAGGCGUGGAGUCUUUCCAGCCGCUCAACCAGCGACGGUGGCCGCCUCCCCGCGGGAUCGUGGCAGGGGUCGAGGAGGUUCAGGGGGCCCUGGAGUCUCCGGGGGGGGCGGGGGAGCAGAGGACGCACGCCGCCAGCCAUGCCAGGAGGCACGGGAGCACCGGGAGCACGGGCAUGUCUUGGGGGGAGGACGCGAAGCUUGCGCUCGCACGAAAGAGGCUCCAAUGGGAAAGGUCUCGACGUGGUGCAAGCGAGGGAGGGAGCCAGUCGCUGCGAUUGCACGCCGCUUUGGUGGCGAAGAGAGAGGCCGAGCUACUCGCUAUCGAGACGGACGUGAAGCAGGCGGUGAGGAUCUUGGAGGAGCGAAUCGCCCGCAGGGAGUCAGCGGAGGCUGCCUUGAGGCAGUGGAGACGUCAGCUCCCACCCAAGGCGUACAACGAUGUCAUGUCGUGCCUGGCUGGGAACCAGAGUUUCGGGCUGUACGGCAGCGGAUAG